AUGGCAAAACUGGUAGCUAACCGAGCAAAAUCGGACAGAGAAAGUUUUGACAAUAUUUACCUCGAUCUCUCCAAAGAACCAGGACGAUGCCGUUUCGCCGAGACUGGAUUUGGAUGGAAGCCAACUGGAGGCGGUGACACCUUCACGCUCGACCACAGCAAUAUCGGCAGUGCGCAAUGGAGUCGCGCGGCGAAGGGAUAUGAGGUCAAGAUCAUGCUGAGGAAUUCGGGGGUGGUCCAGCUUGACGGCUUCUCCCAGGAGGACUUCGAGCGCAUCGGCAAGGUCUUCAAGAACUGGUACAGCACGAAUCUCGAACACAAGGAGCAUGCGCUGCGCGGCUGGAACUGGGGCAAGGGGGAGUUUGGCAAGGCGGAGCUAGCCUUCAACGUCCAGAACCGACCGGCCUUCGAAAUCCCCUACUCAGAGAUCUCAAACACGAAUCUGGCAGGUAAGAAUGAGGUUGCGAUCGAGUUCGCUCUGCCUGCGGGUGCUGAUGAUACCGGUACCAAUGGCGCUCUGGGCGGUGCGCGAGGAAAGGGCAAGAAGGCAGGUGGUGGCAAAGACCAGCUGGUCGAGAUGCGAUUCUACAUCCCUGGAGUCACGACGAAGAAGGCCGCUCUGGAUGGCGAGGAUGCGCCCAGCGAUGCCGAGGAUGCUGAGGAGGAGCAGAAUGCUGCGAACCUCUUCUAUGACACCCUGAUGGAAAAGGCCGAGAUUGGAGAAGUGGCUGGUGAUACUUUUGCGACUUUCUUGGAUGUUCUGCAUCUUACUCCAAGAGGACGCUUUGACAUCGACAUGUACGAGAAUUCCUUCAGAUUACGAGGCAAAACAUACGACUACAAGAUUACAUACGAUACUCUGAAGAAGAUCAUAGUUUUGCCAAAGCCCGACGAGCUGCAUUUCAUGAUGUGCGUUGGCCUCGAUCCUCCACUCCGCCAAGGUCAAACGAGAUAUCCCUUCCUGGUCAUGCAGUUCAAGAAGGACGAGGAGGUCACCAUCGACCUGAACAUGACCGACGAAUUACUCAAUGAUAAGUACCAGGGCAAGCUUGCUGCACAUUACGAGCAGCCGCUCCACCAGGUCGUUGCGCAGGUCUUCCGUGGCCUAACUGGCAAGAAGGUCAACAUGCCAGCCAAGGAUUUCAUGAGUAAAUAUCCUCUUCAAAGCCACCACCAACAGUACGGCAUCAAGUGCUCCAUCAAGGCCAGCGAGGGCUUCCUCUACUGCCUCGAGAAGGCUUUCAUGUUCGUCCCCAAACCCGCCAGUUGGGUCCCCUUCGACAAGAUCGACAGCAUCGUCUUCUCCCGCGUUGGCGGCGCCGUGUCCGCAUCCCGCACCUUCGACCUCACGCUCCACGAGAAGGGGAGCAGCACCGAGACCCAGUUCUCCAAUAUCAACCGGGAGGAGCAGAAGCCGCUGGAGGACUUCUUCAAGGUCAAGGGCCUACGGGUCAAGAACGAGAUGGACGAGGAUACUUCGGCGCUUCUCGCUGCGGCGCUCAGAGAUCCGGAUAUGGUGUCUAGCGACGAGGAAGUUGUUGCUGCGAGAGCAGAUCGAGGUAGCGCGGACGAGGAUAGCGAGAGUGCGGACGAGGACUUCAAGACGGAUAGCGAGAGUGAUGUUGCGGAGGAGUACGAUUCCGCCCACGAGAGCAGUGGCGGUAGUGACGAUGAGGAUGGGGCGGGAAGUGACGCGGAGCAGCGGCCAGCGAAGAAGGCGAAGACUGGCUGA